CAGCUGUGACAGCUGAUUCAAACACAAGCCUAGACACGAGGGUCACGAGUACUGUCGAAAAACAUCUCUACUGCGGAUUAAACGACAAAAUGAAAUUAAAUUGUUACGUAGAGAUGUAUGAUAGAGUUUUUUUGUGUAAAAGAAAACCGCAAUUGUCUAUAUUGUCUUUUGUGAAACACCAAACAGGAGAAAAAAAAGAAGUAGAGUUACUUUGGCAGACACGGCAACAAAAACGAGGCACAAGAUAUCGAAUUAUCAAGAACGUAAACAAACUGUACUUAGCACAUAUAGAUCAAGGCAAGAGUACAAUAAGCUUUGCUGAACCACCUCAUGAUUUACUGAUUCAGGGUGAUCGUAUUCUUUUGAAGAAAUUUGUUCGCUUCAUAGAUCAUGUAUCUAAAGGAAAUCAUCUCCCUGAAGAGUGGCUCAGAGUACCUUCUUCUUUUACGGUAGAAACCAAAGAGGUUGUAGUAAAGAAAAAAUCUGACUAUCCGACCUUGCAAGGUUUUCCAAAAACAACAGAAAGACUUUAUUUAAGUGGAUUAGGCAGAAGAUCUUUUGAUAGACAGAUUCUUAGGUUACAAAGUUUGAGAAUUUUAAACUUGGAAAACAAUGAGAUCUCCUACUUGCCAAAAGAAUUAGGUAGUUUGCCUCAUCUUGAACAGCUUCUUUUAUCAGGAAAUUGUCUGGGAAACUCCACAUCACUUGCUAAUAAGUGGGCAUGGAUGGAACAAGUUGCUAUAUCAAAGAGUCUGAAGGAAUUAGACAUGAGUAACAAUAAAAUUGUCACAUUACCACUACAAAUUGCAAAGCUGAGUGCUUUAAUACAUUUGAACAUUUCCCAAAAUUUGCUGCAAAUAGUGUCGCAAGUAAUUGGAAUUUUAAAUAAUUUGAGAACUUUGAAUUUGUCGAAAAAUCAUCUGUUAUAUUUACCAGGAAUUCUAAGAACGAUGAGACUAAAUCGGUUAGAUAUUUCAUCAAAUCCUUUUAACCAGGACUAUAACUCAGUACCUAAAAAUGAGAUUUGGUGGAAGCUUAAGAUAUUAAAUCUGGUUAACUUAGCGGCCAAAGCAGUUAUAGAACAUAGGAUACCGUAUGAUGCAAGUGUAAUACCAUAUAGAUUAGUUACACAUUUGGAUAACAGACAUUGUUGCUUUAUGUGCCGCAAGUGUUGUUUUCCUGAUUCAUAUCUACGAGUUUUUAUUAAAGAGUUUUUAUCGAAAUAUUUUGAAAAUUACGUUGUUGAAGUUAAGAGGGACCAAACACGCGAUUGUGUAAUAGUUGAAUAUUAUCAUUGUUCUGAUUGUUUUAAUAAAAAGCGACAUUCUGUCUGACAAUACUUUUUUAACUAUUAAU